GGCGAACUGAGGGCAGCUAUCCAACUUCUUUGGAUAUGCUGGCUUGACGAUCAAGAUGAAUACUAGCAGGUUCAAUAUCACCCAGACGUCGUACGAUUUUAUAGCCGGAGCUUCGUCGCCGUCUCUGUCCUCCGCCAGCGGUGGUGGUGGUGGUAGUGGAAAUGCGUCAUUCAGACAGAGUAUCCUCUCUGGGAAGCCACCAAAACCAGAUGCCGGAAACGAGGAGCUACGCGUGCAAAUAAGCACUUUGCGAUAUGAGCUAGACAAUUUGAAACAGGAGCGUGAUCUUACAGCUCUUCACCAUGAGAAGGGACUUCGCGAAUUACAAAUUAGAGCGGAUGCUGACUUUAGAAGGGCACAGGCAGCAGAGAGCACUAGUAACAAAGCCCAGCAUAAAAUCGAGGCGCUCGCGGCCGAGCUAAAAACGGUACAGGAAUCUACGAUCAAUGAGAAAGCAGCUUUUGAUAAACAAAUACGAAGUUUGGAGGAUCAUAACCGGUCGCUCCAGGAAGAGAUCGCUGAUGCCCAAUCCCAGCUGUCGGACCAGGAACGGCAAUUUAAGCAUCAGAUUAAUGAAUUGGACGCAAUUCGAUCAUCGCUUCAGAAAACACUUGACGAAGUUCAGACCGACCUUCACCGGACGAAAGAAAGCCUGCAGAUCGUUCAGGAUAAAUUAACUCAAAGGGAAGCCGAUGCUGGGGCUCUCGAAAGUGAGAAUAUAAGGUUGAAAUCGGAAGGCGCUGAUUCGGAGACUCUCAAUGUUCUAAAACGCGAACUUUCGGAGCAAUUAGCCUAUGUCAAGCGUUUGGAAGCCGAAUUACGGCCACUACGGAAAUCACAGAAAAAUGUUGAGGUAGUGGAGGAACAGAAAAAAGCACUUGAGAACCGGUUGCAUCUAAUGGAAGAGGUGGAGGUGGAGCUUAGGAACGUGCAAAUCCAAAAUCAAGUUUUGGAGGAUGAACGGAGGUCUUGGACCAAUUUGCUACAGCCGGACGGCCAAGAUCCUGAAUUCGAGUCCCCGGAAGAGGUUGCACGAGCUCUUGUCCAAGCGCGCAUUGAGAAUGCAUCGCUGCUUAAUAAAGUGGGCACUAUUCAAACCGAGGUAGCCGAAAAGGCUGAGUUGGUACAAAACCUGGAAACGGAGAAAUCGAAUCUUCAAAAAGAGAUCGCAAAACUACGUGCAGGCGGCUCCGUUGGAAAUAACUUUGAUUCUCGUGCGAAGACACGAUUAGAACGCCAACGCACACUAGCAAUGAGAGAAGUGGAAUAUCUCCGUGCACAGCUAAAAACUUUCGACACAGAAGAAACCGCGAUGAACCCGGACGAGUCCAACUUGGAUCAGCAAAAGUCUGACCACAUAGCUCACCUUGAAAACCUCCUCAGUGAGCAUCGUGAAGAACUUCAUAAGCUCCAUGAAGAGCUAUCAAAACAAGAAAAGCCACCCGCAGAGGAUCCCAAUGCUCCACGCGGAACUAAACGCCCUCUGUCGCCAGCGGAUAGUGACGCAGAAAAUGAGAGGCUCGCUGUACUCACCCGGAAAAACCGCACUCUGCAAGACAGCCUUUCAAAAGCCGAACAAUCAAUAGAAUUACGCACACGCGAACUCGAGGCUGUGAAAUCCCACCUAUCCACUCUCCAAGCCCAAUCCCGAACACGCAUCCUUGAACUCCGCUCCAACCCCACUGCAGAAGCUGAGAAAGUCAAACUGUCCACUCUUGCGGUCCUCCGCGCGGAGAAUCGCGACCUCCUGGCUCAGCUACGCAACGAGCGCUCGAACGUCAAAGUGGUACCCGUCUCCACCCUCGAGAGCAAAGAGCUGGAGCUCUGCGAGAUGGAGAAGACCGUUGCGGAAAAGGAGAAACGCAUGCGACGCUUAAAGGAGAUAUGGACUGCAAAAUCGUCCGAAUUCCGGGAAGCCGUGGCGUCAGUUCUUGGGUACAAGCUUGACUUUUUGCCCAAUGGCCGCGUCCGUGUGACAUCUAUGUUCCAUCUGUCUCCAGCCUACAGACACGGAGAUCGCGAUGCAUCUCCCGAUGCGCGGGGCCCUGGGAGCAUGGGUGAUGGGGAGGAGAAUUCCAUAAUCUUUGAUGGCGAAAAUGGCACGAUGAAGAUCUCGGGUGGUCCGAACAGUCUAUUUGCUAUGGAGAUUCGGAGUCUGAUCAAGUUUUGGGUGGAGGAGCGGAAGGAUAUCCCUUGUUUCCUGGCGGCCAUGACGCUUGACUUUUAUGACAAGACGACGAGGGCUGCGAGAGUGUGAGAUUUCGGGAUGUAUAAUAAUCAGUGACCAUCUUUUUACUCUUCUUUUUUGUGUCUCUUGAUUCCCACGCGGUUUAUUGCUAUGACCUGAAUUACAUUGUUCUUUGAUUUAGCGGAU